CACAUGGGCACAGGAAAUGACAUCCCAGAUGCACUAGAAUGUCUGAUCUCUAGUUAUUAAUGGUAUUUAGAUUUGAUAAGAAGACAAAUUAACCUGACAUCUGCAAAAUAGGAUGAUAGCUGGAAGAAGCAUUGGUAAGCUAUCUGAAUGGCAAUAUGUCCUGCAAAAUACAAAUUAAUUGUGAAUUUGAAAAUAUUUAGCUUAUGUGUUAACAACCAGCAGAAAUUUAGUUUGUUUAAAGUGCAUUUUUCCUGUCCCAAUGUUGUAUAUUUUAAUUCAUGAAAGCACAUUUUUUGUUUGUUUUUUCUGUAUACGUGUGCCUGCAUGUGCUCUUGUGUGCUUAUAUGUGCACCUGUGUGUGCGUAUGUGUGUGCUUAUAUGCGUACCUGUGUGCUUAUGCGUGUGCUCGUGUGUGAGUACAUGCGUACCUGUGUGUGUUUAUGUAUGUGCUCAUGUGUGUGUGUAUAUGCGUACCUGUGUGUGCUUAUGCAUGUGCUCGUGUGUGAGUACAUGCGUACCUGUGUGUGCUUAUGCAUGUGCUCAUGUGUGUGUAUGUAUAUGCGUACCUGUGUGUGCGCACGCGUCUGCGUGCAUGUGUACGUGUGCCUGCAUGUGCUCAUGUGUGUGUGUAUAUGCAUACCUGUGUGUGCUUAUGCAUGUGCUCAUGUGUGUAUGUAUAUGCGUACCUGUGUGUGCUUAUGCAUGUGCUCAUGUGUGUAUGUAUAUGCGUACCUGUGUGUGCUUAUGCAUGUGCUCAUGUGUGUGUGUAUAUGCGUGUGCUUAUGCAUGUGCUCGUGUGUGUGUAUAUGCGUACCUGUGUGUGCUUAUGCAUGUGCUCGUGUGUGUAUGUAUAUACGUACAUGUGUGUGCGCACGCGCCUGCGUGCGUGUGUACGUGCGCACGCGUGUGUGCCAGGCACGGCAGGUUCAAGCGCUCCAACAGCGUGACGACGGCGGUGCAGGCCGACAUGGAGCUGGAGGGCUUCCCCACCACGGAGGACAAGGGCCUGCAGUUCGGCGGCUCCUUCCAGCGCCACUCCGAGCCCAGCACGCCCACGCAGUACGGCGCCGUCCGCACCGUCCGCACGCAGGGCCUCUUCAGCUACCGCGAGGACUACCGCGUCUCCAGCGGCCCGCCCAGCCCGCAGCCCGAGCCCUGGCUGGUGGAGCCGUCCCACGAGGCGGCCGAGACCGGCCGCGUCUCCCCCCUCCGCCGCGACGGCAGCUGGUUCAUGCAGCUGCUCCACAACGAGACCAAGAGGAUGGAGGGCUGGUGCAAGGAGAUGGAGAGGGAGGCGGAGGAGCACGACCUGUCGGAGGAGAUCCUAGGGAAAAUCCGGAGCGCGGUGGGCAGCGCUCAGCUCCUCAUGUCACAGAAAUUCCAGCAGUUCUACUGGCUGUGUCAGCAGAACCUGGACCCCAGUGCUAUGCCCAGGCCCACCUCUCAGGAUCUGGCUGGAUUCUGGGACCUGCUGCAGCUGUCCAUUGACGACGUGACCGCCAAGUUUGAUGAGCUGCAGCAGAUCAAGAGCAACGACUGGAGGCCCGUGGAGAGUCCGGAGAAGAAGGAGAGGAAGUGGCCGCCUCCUGUACCAAAGAGGCCCCCUAGAGGCCGGGGCGGAGUGAUGCGGGAGCGAUCUCUGGACCUCCAGGACCGGCAGCGGCAGGAGGCCCGGCGGCGGCUAAUGGCGGCCAAGCGGGCGGCCUCCUUCCGACAGAACUCAGCGACGGAGAGGGCGGACAGCAUCGAGAUAUACAUCCCCGAGGCGCAGACCCGGCUUUGAGAGCAAGGGUGCCCGGCCACCCCGUCCUAACCCUCUCCUCAAGCCCUCCUCUGACAUCACUCUUAUUCUCCUUUCUUUGUGCGCUACUUUUGUGUUCAUUCGACUCCAGCACAGUGAGGCUAAUUUAACCCCCCCCCCUGGUUCCCGGAUAAUAUACAAACCCCCCCCCCCCCCACCCCUUCCCCUUUAUUUCUCUCAUUAAACUGACCCAUUCAGAAUAUAUAUCAAGUCAAUACAGAAAAGCAUUAUCCUCACCUAGGAAGCAAAUGUGAAUUUUACGAGGAAGGCCUGCUGGUGGUGAGCUGAUUUCAGGCCAUGGAAGUUCUAAAACGAUCCCCGAGGCUUUUAGAUCGGCCAUUUUAAAAAAGAACCCCCCCCCCCGAGGGGAGUUUUUUGUUUCGGAGGUGAUCACAAAGUGCAACUUUUCUCGAGAAUUUCACCAGCAACAGUGGCCUCAGACAACAACAAAAAAACGCGCGGGGGGGACUCGCGCUCCGUCCGAGGUCCGAGCGGUUGCACAGAGGGGAUUCCGCCGCCUCCGGGUUUUGAAAUCAGUUCCGUUUCCGCGGACGCAUUCAGGUUUUUUCCGGCCUCGGGCUCCACACACACAGAGCUCCCGAACCGAAAAAGAGUCUUGCACAACUCGAGUAACCCUUUCAAUCAGAACCAGUGCUGAACAAAAAAAAAAGAAAUAAAAAAAAAUACCUCAAGCGUGCGCGUCACGGUGCGCCGGGAAGGUCGGGGUUCGGGGCGUCGGCUUCGGGGCGACCUCGGCAACGGCCGCCGCCUCGAGUUGUUGUGGAAACGUGCUAGCGGCCGUCCGCGGCUCCGCGGCUGAGAGGCGAGAUGCGAGAAAAGACUGAGUAAAUGUGCCAACAAUUUAGAACAACCAACGUCUCUCCCCAUUCUCAGUGUUUCGCGGUGAAGUAUUUAUUAUAUUCUUUCCAUAGUUUUAGGCGUCGGUCCAUUGCCGUGAGAAAAGCCUAUGUUUUGAGAAAACACGGAUCAUGUGGGCAUGGACGCAAGGUAACUCGGUUCUGGAAAAAAAAAAAAAUGUAUAAUUUAUAGUAUGUAGAAUAAUGCAUUUUUGCACCUCAAAUAAUAUUCCUGUUUGUAUUUCCAAGGGAAAUGUAAGCAAUGAAGCUCACUUACUAUUGUUGCAAUUGAAUUGCAAGAGUAAACAGGAAGGUUUUUAUUUGGUCAUGGAUUUUUACCUCACGCUGCCAAAUGCCAGCCCCCAUGACAGUCGUUAACAUUACAAUGUCUAAUAUGAUGUAAAAAAAAACAAAAAAACACUUGAAUCGCCGCUCUCAGUUUAACAGAACCCUCCUCAAGGUCACGUUCGGCAUCGCGCUUUCUUCUGAACUGUUGAGCGUCCUCCUUUCCAGUUCAGACCCUUCAAGCCAACAAUAAACCAAACCCACUUUCAGUAAAGGACACAGUAAUUCCCAGCUCAGUUUGGAAGACUGUUGGUGCAAACUUGAAAAUGAGAUCUUCAGUCUGACCAGUACGCCACAGGUGCAUAAGGAUAGACAUUGGAAAAAAAAGUGAACGACGGUUUCAGUACUUCCAGGAAAUGAACAUUGUGAAUGUCGAGAGUGGAUUAUGUGAAGUCAUGUAGCACAUGGCUGUUGGAUGGCGAAGAUGUGCGCAAAGAAAAUUAGUGGGCUCCCUAAAAAGAUGUUUCCAUGUUUACUGACCGUAGUGAGUAGGAUUGCCCCAGUUUUUGAAUUUUGGUUGUGUUUGCGAUUCAGGGUUGUGGUUGUAUAAAUUAAGAGCACCAGGUGAGUGCGAUCAGUGAUUGGGCCACAGUCCUCAUGUCACCACUCCCCCUUUCCAGGCAAAGGGGUACAGAAGGCCCUGCUCUGGAGCCUGGGAAACCCUAUGCUGAGCAGCAUAGGCUACCGUCCCACACAACAAUCUCCUGACCAGUCUGGGAUCCAGCCCCAUCCGUGUCCCUCUGAGCAGUUUUGUAAUCGAAUCCCGCCAUUCCGCUGAGGAGCAUUUGAUUCAAUCCCACGUGGUCCACUAAGUGGUCUGAGAUCCAAUCCCACAUUACGCUGAAAAAAUCCAUGAUCCAGUCCUUCAUUACAACAUGCAGUCCUUGAUCCAGUCCCUCAUACUGCACAGUACAGUAUGGGAUCCAAUCCCACAGUACACUGACAAGUCUGAUCAAGUCACCAGAUCAAACACGCUGGUGUGAACAGACUCUUAAUGUGCACAGCUAAUAUCACAGGAGUUUUAUAAAGACAUUCCACACAUACAAUACUUUGAAGUAAAAAAAGUAUUUACAAUUUUCCAGUGUUAUAUAACUCUGGGUCAUGACUUGUAUAGGUGCAAACAACAUUUUUAAGCUAUUCAAUUAUAAAUUAUAAAUGGUGCUGCUAUUAGGAUCUUAUCCUUGAACUAGUCUGAGGCAUACAAUAGCCUGAGCCACACAUUCACUUUUUAAGGGUAUCUCAACGCAUCUCUAAUUAAAUUUGUUAGGAAAUCAAAUUUAGAUAAUUAUGUUCAACUUUGUAAAGGUGCAGCUGAUCAUUUUGACAAAGUUCACUUUUUUAACUCGCAGGGAGGAAGCGCGGAAUAGGCGAAUAUUAUUUAGCGAUGGCCGCGGUCUUUUGGCAAUGCUGACAGCUUUACAAGCCUCCCCAUCUAUCCGUCAUGGCAACAGUUGUCAGGGAGACAGCGGGGUCACCGGGGGCAUGUCCUGCGGUGGCCCUCUCAGGGUUUGUCCAGCGGCUCAGAUGAACCCCCUGUCGUGUUCCUGGCUCCCUUGCCUGAUAACAAAAGGGGUCACGCCGGCAGUGUGGGUGAAUAGGCAUAGAGAAAGAAAUAUCAGCCCUCAUAUUUUUCAUGUGUCUUUAUCAUACCUUUUUUUAGCCUUCAAAAAUCAUGUAAUCAAAUCAUAUAAUCGAAAGAUCAGCACUUAUUUGUAAAUGGAGAUUUUAAUGAAAUAUGUUUUGCUAAGGUGUCGUAUAUAUAUAUAUAUAUAUAUAUAUAUAUAUAUAUAUAAAGGUGGACAAAUGUUGAAUUUAGUUGAAAAGUGUGCGGUGAAGGGGUAGUACUCGGGGAGUAGCUUUGUCUGAAUGGUGUGUUGUGGCAGGUUGGGACUAUCAGAGGUGGCUGGGCUGUUUUAAUCAGUCAGUUAAUUAGGUCAACAGGGUUCGGUUUGUGCCGAUUCACAUUGGUAUAAAGAGGCUGCAAUUGAGGCUUGAUGAAUCGUAGGCCAUCUGGAAUGUUGUAACUAUGCUGGGAAAACGUUUCUCUCAUGUUCUCAAAAUGUUGGUGUGAUACAGUUAUCACAUUGCUGCAGUUAUAAUAGCAGUGCUGUGAGGAUAUUUGAGGGCUGGCCUCUAUAGGGCACUGAUUAGGUUAAGGGGGGUGGUCUGCUGUCGUGUGCAUUGCAACAUUUGGCUAUUAAUUUCAUAAUCUGUUGAGACAAAGAAAUGUAUUUUAUGGAGGAAAGACAACCUCUCAGAAAAGACAUUACUGCUUAUUAACAUUUACCAUACCGGACAGCCUUAAAAAUCAUUUGCAUAUUAAGUGAAAUGUUUAUGAAUGUAUAGCCCCUAGUGUUGCAAAAAAAAUGUGAAAGGAACUAAUAAUGAAAGCUGUAAGUAAUGACUUGGACUAGCCCUGACAUACAGUUAAAAUGUGCAGAGUAACCGUGCCAACGCCACAAUUUGCAAAUAUUUAUUUGAACAGGGAGUAUAAUGUGAAGUCAGGGGGCCAUUCCGAGACUAGCGACACAGCUCUUAAAGUAUCCGAGGGAGCAUUCUUUGCUUGCUUUGUACGAAAGACGGAUGUAAAAGCGCACCAGUCAGUUAACACCUCCGAGCGGUUUGAGACAUGGCACUAAUGCUUAAAAUCAGAUGUGCUCACGGACUGGGAGAGACGGUAGGAUUUCACCGUGGUGAACGCGUCCACGCUUGACGUUCAAUCGCAGCAGUUGAAGUAGUUUGCCAAACUAAUCUCUUCUGAGCUAUGGCUCUGAGACAAACGAGUCCACUUUAUAUUUAGCCUAUCGUGUUAUGUUUGGUUUCGUUGUAUUUCUCAGACAGUUGUUCUUACCUGGACGUCGUCAGCGUACUGUUUGCCGCACAUAUUGUGCCAUGCUUUUUCUGCUGUUGUAGCCUAUGGAAAGUUUUCAUGAAGACUGUCUGACAGCACGCAUUUCAACAGGAACAGAUAGGUUGCUAGAGUUCGGCGCUUUCUGCCUGUGACAUACAGUACUGGAGCCAAUGCGAAUGUGUCCAGUGACGAUGCGAGUGAUUUUUCGGUUUGGAUUCAAAUCCAUCAAUUCAUCUUCCAUUGACAAGUCCUCACUUUGUUGCCAUCGGCUUUUCUGUUUUACAUUUUCAGAAGCAAAGCCUCUUAUUCGAAACACAAAUCCCUUACGAGAAAGUAAUAUAUUGUAGACUGUAUUUUCAUGUCUUACUUUGUCAAAAUGUUCUCAUGUGUGUAAUUGUAUGGGUAAUUGUAAUAGUGCAAUACGUUUCACAAAAUACGCUUAAAGUUACAUGGAAAUGCAAUUAUGUUAUAUAAUUCAUAAUAUGCAUCACAUUGCAUAUUUUGUGAAACAUCAUUUGGUAUAUAUAUAAAAUCAAUGUUUUAAUUUAAUUUAUUUAUGUAUUUAUUUGUUUAAUAUUUUCAAACAUAUUCAUAUAUUACUUUUCUUAAGGGAUAACUAUGCAGUGCAUUCCUAAUUUUUGAGAAGUGGUUAGGUUGAAGUAUCGACAUAAUUCUACAAAUACACAACAUCUAAUACCCAAUACAUACGCAGUGUGUACAUGUUGCUUUUUAUUAUGUUUUCUGAAGCUAGUGCUUUUGUAUGUAAAGUAACUAUUUCAAUGACUGAGAAUAUUCUAUAGGUGCCUUAAAAUCAAACCCUUAAGACUUUUAUCUGAAUGUCUUAAGUUUGUGUCUAGCUAUUUAGAGGGAAUUUAAGAAGUUGGAGAGCACUUGGUUGUCUGUCAUGUACAUUAGAUUUUGAUUUGCUUAUUUGAUAUUUCAUGACAAAGGGCUGAGAGUAAAUAUGCUAUAUCUGAGCCUUUUUUAUCAAGAGUAUUGUGCUUAGCUCCCGUAUGAUUUUUUAAAAUCUUAUUUUAACCAAAUUAGCUGUAUUGUGAAUUUAGUUAACACGUAAAAACAUGGACACAAUUCAAUUAUACGUUUAACUACAACAAAGAAUUGCAAAAAAUAAAAUUAUAAUUAUAAUAAUUAUAUAUAUAAUACAUAUAUUCAGUUAAAUUCAUCAUCAAAGAUUUUAAGAAAGUCUACAACUACCGGACCCGGUAAAGAGAGCUAAGUACUUUUGGUUUGAGGCAUUUUACUACCAAUAUGCAAGUAGUUUUUACAGAUGGGUCGGUUGUUAAAGGUCUUUAGUUAAAAGUGAGGUGGGGAAUUAGUGCAAAAUAUCUGACUCCAGUGAAUGGCAGUGAAUUUCAAGCUUGCAAACUGAGCCCUAUUUUUAUUUAUUUUUUGGGGGGAUUCAUUUUGGGAUUCAUUUAACAUGGUGGGGUAGCAGCUGUCACAUUGCUGUUAUUUAUUUAUUUAUUUAUUUAUUUAUUUAUUUUGUUAUUUAGUAGAUUAGAAGUAGUGUGAAAACUUCCUUCGGAGUGAGAGGGAAACGGAAAGAGUACAAUUUGAUGCCAGCUGUGGAUGUCGUGUACAUUAAAGUUAGCAUUUUUAAAGUACAAGGAGGGUUCCGCUGCAUCCUGGCUACCUUGUCACGAUUGGUUACCGCAACAAUGCAUUCAGUCAACAUUUAGUUCCUUAUCUUCGGGAAAAAAAUAAAAAAGACUGCCAAAACUUGAAUAAGUCUUAUCAGCGCCAGUAUUACCUGCCACAAGUGCAAUAGUUCCCAUGACUUACUGGUGCAAUGGGCAGGUAAAUAUCCAUUUACCUCAGGGGCCAGUGUGAAAAGACUAGAGGGAGAGUCUAUCCGUGCAAUCAAUAAAACACCGCCAGGGCACUUUGCGAGGCCAGAGGACAGUGCUGUUUCCCUACUGGAGAAGCUUCCUGCCGUUUUCAGGCACGCUCUGAGGGCCUCAGCCUUCUGCCUCUAAAUGUCACCAUUACGGUAUAAAUAAUGGUAUUUUAUAUUACAUUAAAAGCAUACCCAUCACUUCUGCCAAGGGGCAGCUUUUCAGUGCCAAACGUCACACUUACUUAUUCUCUUCCAUGCAGUGCAGCAUAGAAAUGCAAAAACCGUAUUAGAGUUCCACACACCCGCUCUGUCGGGUCUUCACUAGCGUGAUUAUUCGAUGCGGCGGUUCGAAUGGGUUUGAAUCCCACUUCGGCCGUACCGUGCCGACAGACUGAAAUUACCCGAACGUCUUCGUUUCCAAUCUGCAUCCCGUCCUGAGAAUCUCAAGCGAGCUUUUCUUCGCUCAGAAAUCCAAGACACUCCUCCGUGUGAGAGUUGAUUGCAAGAACCAACGCAGUAAGAAUUUUGGGAGCUGUUUGGUGUGACUUGAAUGUGUGAAUGAAUAAGAAUGGCAGACACCAACAUUUAAUCACAGGGAAAUGUCCAUCCAUUCUUGCAGCUCUGUAUGAUUUCUUUUUGCUGGCAAUUAUUUCACAUGGGUUUUAUUGAGAAUUUGUCAACAACCUAGCCAAGCACUCUGCACAGUGUCUAUUCAAUGGCCCAGUGAUUCAUAGAAGACAAUUGUGUUGUGCUGUGCUGAUGUCUGUGAUGGCUAGUCACCAGAGCACUGAUAUAAAACAAUCAAAAUAACCAUAAAUUGUCUUUUAACCACUCUACAUUUCCCGAAACACUCAUUUUAUAUACCCAGUAUAGCAGUAAAUAACAGAGUCACUUAUAGAAUGAAAAAAAUGUGCCAUAUAAUUUCACCUAUUCUGCAUUUAAAAAAAUAUCGUUUGACAACUGAUUAUAAAGGAUGCACCGUUAAUAAAAGAUAAUUUUUGGAUUACCUUUGCUGUGGUUGGUAUAAAAAAGGGAUUGCUCUGUUUGGACAAUCAGCACACACAAGCAAUUUUAAAAUGCAGUACCAUUUUAGUCCACAGGAUGGUGCCGUUUUUAUUAUAUUUUUUAAUCUGAUCACGCAAGUCAUGCUUUUUAAUGUGUGCACUGCUUUAAUGUGUGCACUGCCACCAUGUUGUUUUAUUGUUAUUGUAAACUGCGCUGAUUGAGAGUGUUGUUUCUCUUUUAUUUUCUGACAAGGUUCUCUCUUCUCACGGAAAGGUGGAUUUGAAUGUGAUUUAGAAUAAAUGUAAAACAAAUCCUUGUUAUAAUUUGUAAAUAAGGGAUGUUUUCCACUUCAUCAUUUGUACUUGACAAGGGAAAGUUGGGUGGCAUGCAGUUCUUAAUGAGGGUUCAGUGCUGCUGGGGCUGCCCGCUGACUAUUUGAUCAAUACCAGACAGGUUGAUGAAAUGUGUCCUUUUAGCAAUAAAUUCAAUCAGACAUCUGACCCACAAUAAACUAUUGGCUUUACAUUGCCAUUAUUGCAGGGUGUUUUUGUGAUAUAGGACAGAAUUAAAUCAUACACCUUUGUGGUUUGGCAGUUGAAUUACAAAUUUAUGACUGCCUCCUCCCCCCCCCCCCCCCCCCCACCCCCCCAUUGCUUACAUGAAAAACAUUAAAAAACUGAAUACCAUCGCUCAGUUCAAUUGAUGAGACAUUGAAGCAAGACGUUUGAAUUUCGUCCUAGGUGUUUCUCACAUUCCCUAGCAAUUACCAAACUUGAAAUUAAAAUUCAGGGUGAUGUUAUUUCCAGACAUGGUUUCAUCGUUCAUUUUCAUGCCAUUAUUUGCCUAUAAUGAGCAGCACUAUCAUCCCAGGCAAGAGAAAAUUAAAAUUGUUUUAUUUAUUAAAUGGUUCAAAAGGAAGAGAGCCUUGUGUAUUUGUUUAUUUUUGAAAGCAGCCUGUUGGUGGAGAAAGCAUAUGUCUCGUGGAUAGAUUUACAUACAUCGUAUGGGUCUUGGAACGUGGAAUAAAAGUCGGGUAGUGAAAAGGUAGAUGUUUAGCUUAAAGUAUUUUUAAUUCUUAAAUAUCAUAUCAAUAAUGAGGAUGAAUAUAAUGCCAAAUAUUCAUUAUUUGUAAAGAAAUAUACAUAUAUAAAUAUAUAAAUAUAAUUAUGCUUCAUUUAAAUGGAACUAUUUUCGGCUCCUACCCACAGCUCAGUUGCUUUUUUUUUUUUUCUUUUCGUUUGGGGUUAUUUUAUAUGCUCUUAUUACAGCAUGCAAAAUAUUAUAUAUUGAAUGUAUUAUUUGUUGUCUCAUUGCUUUUUUGAUCUUGCCGCCUUCUACAGAUUGUUUUGUAUUUGUAUGUUUUAUUUAUUAAACUUAUUUAUAUGUUUA